GUCGUCGAAGUAAAUCCAAGUCCUCGAUGGUGGAAUGUACUGCUGGCCUAUCUGAGAGUUCUAGGAGUAAAGACAAGGCUUCAGGAGCCCGGUGGAUCCUCCUCUGAUUCAGCUCUUCCAGUCGCGAAUGAAGCGCGUCGGAAAGAGCAUCAUUGUCUAAAACUUGAAACUUUUCUUGGAGACCAUCAAGCCGCUUCGCAACCUCCAGAUGGUCUGUUCUUCCAGCAUUGUUCUGCUUCAGAGUCCUCUCAACGAGAGAUUUCAACCUGUGGAAACGACGGCUGCCCUAGUACAAAAGUCAGCAGCAGAAAAAACUAUUAACAAUUGACACAAAUACUCGCCUUGUCUGGCGUGUUCGUAAUUAUGAUAAUAAGCUCGUCCGUCAGAGCGCUGACAUUCGCUGAAUGAGCCAUUUCUUGUCUUACAUAGGCAAUCUCAAAUCGUUUCUCAGACACCAAGUCGGCGGAAAAUGCACAGUUACGCGUCUACUUGUUCAUGUUUCCCCAUAAUAUGCUAUAGAACAAGUACUCUGACACAUACUUCGUUCGAUGCUCCAACAACAACGCGUUUCAAUCCCCUGAAGGUCUGAUAUUAUGCGAUAAACACUAGUCCGUAACAGGCAGGAAGAGCUGCAUCGGCCGCCCUGGGCGCGCUGACUCAGCAGCCUGGCAGCUGGCAGCAUCAUCGCGGCCAAAUCCUAUUUUUAACUACAUGAACAACCAGGGGCGAUCUUUGUUCAGCUGUGAGAAAAACAUUUUAUCUCUCUUUAUGCUGUUCACGGCCAUGCGCAUAAUAGCAGUAUGGGCCUCGCACGACCGCUUCGUUUGCUCUUAGCCGCCUGCUUUGUUCUUGCUCUAUUUCUCAUCUUCCAGGUUUCGAAAUCGCCCCCGUUGCUAACUGGAAGAAAGGGGCAAUACGAUAAUGGACUCCAGAGGGAGCCUCUUUUGGAUCCUACAGGAGAGCCUCCUGAGCCUCUUUGGCGGGCAAAAGAUGAUGCCUAUGCGCCCGACAACCCCAAUUCCGCUCGCAUCAACGCGACGCUCCUAGCCCUGGUUCGAAACGAAGAAUUGGACGAGUUAAUAAUGACGAUGAGGGAUUUGGAAAGGACUUGGAAUAGCAAGUUCAAUUACCCGUGGACUUUUUUUAACGAUAAAGAGUUUACGGAAGAGUUCAAGACUCGAACACAAGCUGAAACAAAGGCACAAUGCAAUUACGAAUUAAUUCCAAAGGAGCACUGGGACGUACCCGACUUUAUUAGUAUGGAGCUCUACGAAGAAUCCUCCAAAAUCCUCAAGGAGAAGAAUAUCCAAUACAGCAACCUGAUGUCAUACCAUCAAAUGUGCCGCUGGAACAGUGGCAUGUUCUACAAACACCCAGCCUUGGCGAAUGUGCAGUACUAUUGGAGAGUCGAACCCAAGGUCCAUUUCUUCUGCGACGUCGACUACGAUGUGUUCCGCUACAUGCAAGACCACAACAAAACCUAUGGCUUCACCAUCAACCUCUAUGAUGCUCCUGAGAGUAUUGCUACUCUAUGGCCGCAGACGCUUAAGUUCCUCGAAGCGCACCCCAAUCACCUACAUCCAAACAACGCAAUGGACUGGCUGGUGGACAAUAAGCAAAGACCACAACAUAAUAAGGACGCAAACGGGUACUCCACUUGCCACUUUUGGUCUAACUUCGAAAUCGCGGAUAUGUCGUUCUAUCGAAGCCAGGCUUAUGAAGAUUAUUUUAACCAUUUGGAUCGUGCCGGAGGCUUCUUCUACGAAAGAUGGGGCGAUGCACCAGUACAUUCUAUCGGCCUAGGCCUAUUUGAGGACAAGAGUAAAAUUCAUUGGUUCCGUGACAUCGGAUACCAACAUGUCCCAUACUUCAACUGCCCGAACUCUCCAAAAUGCAAAGGCUGCACUCCGGGAAAGUUUUACGCCGGGGAACCUUUCCUCCAGCUCGAAGAUUGCCGACCAAACUGGUUUAAAUACGUUGGGACUGAUUGAUCUCGCAAUCUACAUUAAACAAUAACAUGACUUCGGAAAUGAUGCUGGCACGCCACACAUCUACAAUCCCCCCAACACUUAUCAAGGCGCAGGAAAUAGAUAACAAGCCCCUAGUUGACCUCCAAUUGUGCCUCCUCAAACCCCCCCAAGUAAAAUGAGCGGGCUGUACCCACGAACCAAUUCCGCUGCUGCAUGGACCGGACAUUUCCCCAGGCGGCACUUGAAAUAAUAACUCAAAAAAAAAAAAAAAAAAAAAAAAAAAAAAAAAAAAGCAGAAAAUCGUUAGCCUUCUUCUCCCUCCCUCCCCCCCCUUGUCUCCUCCCAACGAAUGGAUCCCCGAUAGAGCUAAAAAAAGAAAAUCCCGAAGUUUCAUAAUCUUUGUACCAUGAUGCCUACAACAUUACAACCUAAGACAGGGGGAAGGGGCAGCACGGGGCCAGAGAACCAAUGGCCGGUUGGUCUAUGUAUAUAUAUAUAUAUUUAUGUGUUGUUUUGUAUAGAUGGAUACAAACAUAUCUUAUUAAUAGGGGGCAUUCAACGUCUACAUUCAGCACACCCGCUAAUACCAUUCAACUAUUUCACUUCACACUCUCCAUAUUACUCAAUUGUUCAACGGAACGGGACGGGAAGAGGUGUUGGGGACCCAGAGCUGUCAUGCAUGUUUCUUUUUUCUCUAUUCUUCGGUUUCUUUUCUCCUUUCUUCUUUCUCCUUUUUCUUUUCCUUUUCCUUCCCCCUUUUUUUUUUUUUUUUUUUUUUUUUUUUUUU